UCAAUUAAACGAAUCGGCCAUUUCGACUGAGCCGGCAUAUCUCAGCAGUCCUUGGUUGAAGGGGAAGGUUUCCUUGUAUCAACGUCCUCGAUAACAACAGAAAAUGAAUGAGACCGUCAUCUCGUUCGGUAAGGACUUCUUGGCUGGUGGUAUUUCCGCUGCCAUCUCCAAAACAGCUGUAGCCCCUAUUGAAAGAAUCAAGCUUCUACUUCAGGUGCAACAUGCUAGCAAACAGAUCACCGUUGACAAGCAGUACAAGGGUAUCAUGGAUUGCGUCGUCCGUAUCCCCAAGGAGCAGGGCUUCCUGUCGUUCUGGAGAGGCAACUUGGCCAAUGUCAUCAGAUACUUCCCCACCCAGGCCCUCAACUUUGCAUUCAAGGACAAAUACAAGCAAAUCUUCCUGGAUGGCGUGGACAAGAAACAGUUCUGGAGAUACUUCGCUGGUAACCUGGCCUCUGGCGGUGCUGCUGGCGCUACCUCCCUGUGUUUUGUGUACCCCCUCGACUUUGCCAGAACCCGACUGGCUGCUGAUGUCGGUAAGGCCGGUGCUGGGCGUGAGUUCAACGGCCUGGGUGACUGCUUGAAGAAGAUCUACAAGGCUGACGGUCUGAAGGGCCUGUACCAGGGCUUCUCAGUGUCGGUCCAGGGCAUCAUCAUCUACAGAGCUUCAUACUUCGGCGUCUAUGACACAGCCAAGGGUAUGCUGCCAGAUCCCAAGAAUGCAAGCAUCUUGGUCAGCUGGGCCAUCGCUCAGUCUGUGACUGCAGUUGCCGGUCUUACAUCCUACCCCUUCGAUACUGUCCGUCGUCGUAUGAUGAUGCAGUCUGGACGUAAAGGAGGUGACAUCAUGUACACUGGCACCAUUGACUGCUGGAAGAAGAUUGCGAGGGAUGAGGGUGGCAAGGCCUUCUUCAAAGGAGCCUGGUCCAACGUUCUCCGAGGCAUGGGAGGUGCCUUCGUGCUGGUGUUGUACGAUGAGUUGAAGAAGGUCCUCUAAACUGUUUUUAGAUGUCUCCCAAAAAAUGUUUAAACUGUAACAUAACUUGUACAUUUGGAAGGACUGUCAAAUUCCGCCUUAUUUAUAGGGACCAACUAGUAUCUUUGUGCUAGUUGUACUGGAGAAAUCUGUUUUGCGCUUUUUAUUUUGCCCAAUGUUUGUUUCUGUUUGCCCCUCACCAGAAUGUAAUUCCCAUUUUUAAAAAAGUUACAAUGCCAGGUCUUCAAAUGUCAACCUGUUUCAUCCAGAUGGUCUGUUUCUAGUCAAUACUGUAAAAAUAAAGGCAACCUACUGAAUGAACCUACAA